AUGGCAGGGAAGAAGAAACAAGCAAUUAGUCCGGAGAAGAUGGAGCGACGAUUGAGUCCCCGGGUACUUGAGCUGAGACAGAAAGCGCUAGAUGAGAAGGAGCGCCUAGCUCGCGAGAGGAUAAGUCUACUCCGCGAGAAAAGGACCGAAAUCUGUGUCGAUGAAGAGGAGCUACAUGCGGAAGAAGAAGACGCUGUCAAUUUGAGCCCCAAGCGGAAAGGACGGAGCUCACCUCCACCCGCAUUGCAGAAGGGGAAGGAGAGAUUGGACUUUCACGGGUAUGGCGACGACGAGGAUGCUCAUAUGAAAGUGAGGAAGAAUCUAAGGUUUUUCAACAAGCAAUAUCUCCUAAUGGUCCAGGCUAAGCUGAGGAGACCUGAUUUGAAGGGGAUAACUCAGGUGAUACAAGCUAAUGCGGUAUUGUACUCGAGAAAAAGGAUAGGUCAUCUUCCAGGUAUCGACGUUGGACACCGGUUUUUCUCAAGAGCUGAAAUGGUUGCUGUAGGCUUCCAUAGCCAUUGGCUAAAUGGUAUCGACUAUAUGGGAGUCGAUUUCAAAAAAGAUUAUGAGAACUACCGGUUUCCCCUAGCUGUUUCAAUUGUUAUCUCGGGCCAGUACGAGGAUGAUCUAGACAAUGCAGAGGAGGUGACUUACACUGGCCAGGGAGGCAAUAACUUAACUGGUGAUAAACGCCAGGUUAAGGAUCAAGUGCUCGAACGAGGAAAUAUGGCGCUAAAGAAUUGCUUAGAUCAGGAGGUGCCUGUCAGAGUUACUCGUGGUCACGAAUGUAAAAGUAGCUACAGCAAAAAAGUCUACACUUAUGAUGGAUUGUACAAGGUUGUAAAGUACUGGGCAGAAAAGGGCAUUUCAGGAUUUACGGUGUAUAAGUAUCGACUGAAACGUUUGGAGGGGCAACCAGAACUUACUACUGAUCAGGUCCAUUUUGCGUAUGGAGGCAAACCAAAGUCUACUGCAGAUAUUCAGGGCUUGAUAUGCGAAGACAUCAGUGGAGAGAUGGAAGCUAAGCACAUUCCAGCCACUAAUCGUUUCGAUGAUCCACCAGUUCCACCCUCAGGGUUUACAUACAUCAAAUCUUUGAACAUUGAGCCCAAUGUCAAAAUUCCAAAGAGUUCAACUGGGUGUAAUUGCAAAGGCGGCUGCACUGAUCCAAAGAAAUGUGCCUGUGCCAAUCUCAAUGGGGGAAACUUUCCUUAUGUGGACCUUAAUGAUGGCAGAUUAAUCGAGCCUCGAGACGUUGUCUUUGAAUGUGGUCCACACUGUGGGUGUGGACCUGAAUGUGUCAACCGAACCUCUCAGAAGCCACUGAGAUUUAAUCUAGAGGUUUUCCGGUCUCCAAAAAAGGGCUGGGCAGUUAGAUCAUGGGACUACAUACCAUCUGGAUCACCAGUGUGUGAGUACAUAGGAGUACUCAGAAGAACUGACGAUGUGGACACCAUAUCUGACAACGAUUACAUAUUUGAGAUUGACUGCCAACAGACAAUGCAAGGUCUUGAUGGAAGACAGAGAAGACUUAAGGACGUAGCUGUACCAAUGGAUAACAAAGUCAGUCAGAGCAAAGAAGAUGAGAAUGUACCAGAGUUCUGCAUCGAUGCUGGUUCAAAAGGGAACGUUGCCAGGUUCAUAAAUCACAGCUGCGAACCAAACCUGUUUGUUCAGUGCGUCCUGAGUGAUCACCAGGAUUUAAAGCUGUCCCGUGUGGUUCUUUUUGCAGCUGACAACAUUCCACCUCUGCAGGAGCUUACUUACGACUAUGGAUACACGCUUGAUAGCGUUCACGGGCCGGAUGGGAAAGUGAAAAAGCUGACUUGCUACUGUGGAGCACUUGGUUGUAGAAAGCGCCUCUACUAA